AAUACAAACCGUGGCCUUGGACUUGGACGCGUCCCAAAUAAUUCUUUCGACUUUUGUACUCAUUCAGUGAACGGCUCAUUAUAAGAUGGCCGACGCCAGACAGAGGAUCAUAAUCAAGGUAUUCCGCAAGUACAGUCACUCGCUCGGCCCAGAAGCUUUGGAUUUUCUGGAACACAUUUUGACCGAGCAUGAGAUUGAUGAUGAUGAUAUAGAGAUGUCCGUCGAGACUAUAGCCAAGGAGUACAACAAACAAGACGAUGCUUCCAUGAAGGUGUCAUUAAAAGUCUUGAGAAGGGUGUAUGAAACUUUACAAGACCAAGGCAGUAAUCCUGGCGAGCCGGAGGCUGAAUUACUUGACCCCGAAAGUCAUUUAUACUUUAUCGAUGCGUUUGAAAUGCCUUUGUGGCAUUGGUCUGUUGAAAGAGGUACAUUCGAGAAAGCUCAAAAUCUGCUAACAAUUUCUGGCUCUGCUGACUCGCGGGUGUUGGCAAUGCGGAACAGACUCCACAUCAUCAAGCAAAGCAUACUUAGAAAUGAGCACUUUGCUCCAUCCACCUUACCUUCUCGUGACCGCGAGCAUCUCGUUACACUCAAAUCUACUAAACAACUUCUUGGGCGACCCGGAGAGCGAUUUCUAUUGCUUGGAAUGCUCGCACGUAACAUGGAAGGGAAGCUUUGUGUGGAGGAUUCUGAUGGAAGUGCGGAGCUGGACUUAUCCAGACUCGAAGAGCCGGGAGAAGGCCUGUAUACCGAAGGCUGCUUUGCAUUAGUAGAAGGCGAAUACACUGAGGACGGCACUUUGGAGGUGGUUGCAAUGGGGCAACCUCCUUGUGAAGAUCGUGAUACCACACGGUCGAUAUACGGACAUAUAGAUUUCCUUGGAAAAGGCUCUACGACGCUUUUGGAAGAUUCCCAAUACUCUCGUCGAAUACGAGGGGAACUUUCGGAUCUUUAUUUCUUCUUUUUAUCCGACGUAUGGCUGGACCAUCCCAAGACCUUCACCGGAUUACAAAAGAUGCUGGAUAAUUGCGUCGAAAAUAGCUUUAUCCCGAAGGUUAUAGUCCUGUGCGGAAACUUCACCAGUCGGUCCAUUUCGCAGGGGAGUGCAAGAGAUAUCCAAAGGUACCAAGAAAAUUUUGAUGCACUAGCGGACCUACUAGCUUCUUACUCACAGAUUACUCGUACCACGCACUUUGUUUUCGUCCCUGGCCCAUUGGAUAUCAUAAACAAUGGUGCAUUGCCUCGACGACCCCUUCUCUCAUCUUUUGUUUCUCGUAUAAAGGCCAAAGUUCCAAAGGCUCAUUUUGCUAGCAACCCGUGUCGGCUGAAAUUUUUUGGACAAGAGAUUGUCAUAUUCAGAGAAGAUACGAUGGCUCGAAUGCUCAGAAAUACUGUUGGUAUCAAACCUAAUAUAAGUGGUGAUGACCUUCGACGAUAUCUGGUACAAUCCAUUCUCGACCAAAGCCAUCUGCUUCCCUUAACGUCCAAUAUUCAACCUACGCUACCUGACUAUGAUCAUGCCCUUCGACUAUACCCACUUCCAACGACGUUGGUUCUUGCGGACAAAUACGAGAAGUAUAAACUGACAUAUUCAGGCUGUCAUGUUUUGAAUCCUGGAAGUUUUAUCGAAUCCUAGAAAUGGACGCGGAGGAGUAGAAUAUAGCGCCGGGUACUUUGAGCUCUUUUUGAUGGUCCUCCAAAAACUUGCAUAGAUGAUGGCUGUACGAUACACUCUGUAACUACAUAGAUCCUACUAGCUAUAGUAGCGACUGGCCAUUGUGCCUCAAAAACAGACUACUUUGAUUACGGU